AUGGCACAGAGCACACGGCAGCUUCCAAUAAAAGAGCACGACAUCUUCUUGGAGAAUCUGGAGAAGGAGAACUUUGACCUAAAGCUGCAAAUAUCCCAUCUGAAGAGCCGGCUGAACGACUUGACAAACUCGUCGCACACUUUUAUUCCGGCAUGCGACUGCAAAAGGACACAGAGCGAGACAAAAGACGUUCUCUCAGAGGUAAAGGUGGAAAUGGAGAGCCUAAUUGAAAACAACGGCCAGUUAAAAUCGCAGAACGCGGACUUGCUAGACAGGCUGGAAGAGAUGAACGAGCAAAACGAGUCGCUACAAAGAGACUGCGUGAAGCUGUCGCACCACAUCAGCGAGCAGACGCGCAAGGAGACAGAGAGCAAGAGAAUUCUGCAGGAGAUGCAGGCGGAAAUAGAGUCGGUGCGGAUGGACCUGGAGGAGCUGGACAGCGUUAAGAAAAAGAACAAGCGCCUGGAGGAGGAGUAUCUGGCCCUGGACAUCCUGACAAAAAAGCUGGAGAUCGAGUACAAAGAAGAGAACUCGCAUCUUGCAACGCUAAACAGCAACCUGCAGAAGAAAGACAUGCUUCUGCACGACCGGAUACUGGAAAUAAGCAACCAGGUAGCUGGGCAUGCCCGGGAGAACCAGCAGCUGCAGAGCCAAAACCAGGCGCUUUCCCAGGAGAAGAACGCGCUUGCUUUGGAGGCGCAGAACCUGAUGGCGUUGAACAAGUCCCUUCAGGCGCAGCUGCAGAUGAAAACCACCGAGGCCAUCCAGGCAAAGAAUAUGGGGGAGCGGCUUGUGACCGAAAUAAAAAACAAGAGCAAAAUUACGCAGACCCAGAAGGACGAUCUAGAGCGAAGAGCAGAGGAGAUCAUUAAAGAGCGAGACUUUAAAAUAGCGCAGCUUAAGCAGGACAUAGUAGACAUCGGCGGGGAGAUGGAGGUGUUGGGCAGAACCGUGUCGGGAACCCAUGCAGGCCUUUUGGAGUAUGUAAACUAUGUUUCUUCUCUUUCGAAGCGGAUGUCUACGAUGUCCGGUGAAAUAGAAAAGUCCCGGAGGCUUUUUGACUCUUUUGUGCAAGCGUACAAAACAGGGACAGCCAAGCAGGGCGCCGCCGAGAACAGAAUGGCGAGCAUCCACGAAGAAAAAUGCAUGCUGGAGAAAGCCGUUCAAGAAACAAGAAUAGAGAUCGAGAGGAGCAAGCAGGAGAAAAAACGGCUUGCCCUGGAGAAGGAAGAGCUCCUGGCCAGGCUGCAAAUCACUCCAAGCUGCUUGAAGAUAGCAAAGGAGCUGGGCAUCCACGAGUUUAAGUCGAUAAACGACCUUUUUGUGUGCUGGAAAGACUCCCACACAAAGCUCCUGAGAGAGAUAGAAGGCAGGCAUGCGAAAGAAGAGCACGAAAGAAACCUAAAGCUGGAAGAGUUCCAGACGAAGCUGCAGGCCGCCCUGGCUGAGCUGCACUUCUGCAGAGCGUACCUGGAAAAAAAGAAGCAGAUAAUCAAAAUGAUGAAAAAACACGGCGACAAUCCCUCAAUUCUUAACAAGAUAGAUGUAUCCAAUAAAUAA